GUCAGGGUUCUCCAAGUCUUGGCUACAGUCAUCAUUAUCACCACCUUUAUUAUUCCAAAUCUGAGUGAGGAAACCAAAGCCCAGAAGGGUCAUUACUUGCUAAGCUCGCACAGCUACUAAGUGGCAGGUCCUGGAUUUGAAUUUGUCUCUGACUUAAGAGCCCAAGUUCUAACCACUGCUCUGUGGACCUCCCCAGCAGUCAGGUUGCCUGUAAUGAGUGUGGCUGAGGGCAAAUAACUCAGUUUUCUCAGCUGCAAAAUGGGGUUGUGUAUUAUGAGAAAGGAAGUAUACAGCCUAACCUGUGGGAGGUGCUGGGCAGGUUCCCAGCCUCUCUAGCCCCAGGCCAGAGUAGUCUCCAUGCUAGGCCUUGGGCCUCUCUCCCCAUUUACCUGACUCCAGAGUCACACAGAACUGGGCAGCCUGGCCAAGCUCUGGGAAAGGUAGGUUGCCCUGGCCUUUAAUGAGCUCAGAAAUGAUGGAAAGCCUAGUGGCUUUGGACAGGCCAGAAGGGACCAUGUUCCCCAGCCUGGCCCCUAGCCCUAGGCCAACAUUAGCCCCCCUCCUCAGGGCUACCCCAACUCAUGGCCCCAUUAAGCCCUAAUGCUAAUUCUCAGCCCUUUCCUCUGUCAGGCACACUCAGGGAGGGAAAACUUGGCUUCCAGCCAAGCCCAAAAUCAGUCCUGAGAUUGAAGGGAACUGUUCUAUAAGCUUUUUUUUUUGGCGGGGGGGUGGGUAACCCCCAUAGUCAGAAAUGAGCUCACAUGACUCAAGGAGAUAAAUGCUGCUGGCAGGAGCAAACCAUGCCAGGCUCAGACUUGGCUGCUUCCUCCUUGAAGGGGAAACAGCAGGCCCAGGGCCUCCACAUAACCCAUCAAGGAGGCCUGGAGUGCCCAGUUGUUGUACCUUCUAGCAUUCCAGGAUCUAAAAAAUCAGAAUCUUAAAGCUAGUUGAUUGAUGUGUGCCAAGCCCCAUUCUGGAUACAGCAGUGACCAUAGGCCUUACCCUCAGGGAGCUCACAGUGGGCCAGACCAACACCUUAGCCAAUUAAAACGGGGAGACAGGAGGGAGCCCCUGCUUCCCGAUGCCAAAGCCACUUCCCUGGGGACUCCCCAGUGAGGCCUAAUGGAUGAGGAGCUGCUGGCCCUGUAGCUGUGGGGAGAUGUCAAAGAUGAUCUGGCCCAACCACCCUUUGUUCUCAAAUGAAAAGGCCUCCAAAGCGUGUAGGGUGCGGGGGAGGUGGCAGCCCUGCCAUCUCCUGGCCAGUCCAAUGUGUCUGGGCUGCUGCAACACCCUGGUGAAGGGAGGGAGGGGCCCCUGGCCCAGCCCGCAGUGAAGAGGGACACAGGACAGGUCGCCAGGGAAGUAGGACCUAUCCCUAAGCCAGGCUCCCCUUAUCUACCAAUUGAAAUCUCCCACAUCUCUGCGGAUUCAAAUCAGCCUCCCUUCCUCGCACCGCAGACUCAGCAGUGAACACUCUUGUAGCUGGUGAAAACCCCAGGUUUGGCUCAGCAGAACUGGUCACAGCCAAUAAAGGAGGCUGAGGUGGGAGAUUAGAAAGGCAGCUUUAUUUCCUUCCGCAAGGAAAGGAACACCCAAGGGCUGGUGCUUCCAAGGCUGUUCAAGGAUAAGGUUUAAAAAAAAAAAAAAAAGGUUUAAGGAGGUCACUUUUAUAGAGUUUACAAACAGGGAGAUCAUGUAAAUACAUCAGCAACAUUCUAAAUCAUGCCACGCAGGCACAAUAAGUGUUAACAUACAACUUCUUUGAAUUUGUGUUUAGAAAAUAGCAGUUAAACCCCUUCUAAGGGUGGGAAAGUUAAUAUAUACAAGGCACUUAAUGAGCCAAAGUUAACUCUAGGUCUCUCGAACGAGCUUAAACCAGCUCUCGAGGCUUAUUGUCCUGCCUCAAAGAGGAAAUACAAGCUCUAAGAUGUUAUCUCUUGCUUGGUUCCUGACCACACUUGCUGUGGGAUUUUUCCCAGUUAUCAAAGGCUCCUGCCUUACUCUGUACCCCUCCCUUCAGGAGGCAAGAUAGGGACCGGGAAGCGACACCGAAUUCUGGUCUCAGUUACACCAUUCCUUGAAUUGUGACCUCCAGCAGGUCUCUGCCCGUUUCUGAGCCUCACUUUCGACCUCUGAAAAAUGGGACUUCCGACCCCCACCCCAUCCUGCUCUGAUUUUGGGUCUUUGCAAUGUAUAGGAAUAAGCUAGGUUCCUGGGGCGAACGCGACAGGACUGAGGCCUAGAGGGCCAGACAGUCUGGGUCCCCAACUCUGUCCUAUUUCCCUAGAGGCCUUCGGGGAACAAUCUUCCCCACACUGCCCUUGAGAAACUUCAUUUCCCGACAUGCAAAGGGGAGGCGGUGCCUGCCUGUCUUAGGUAACGUGGUCUUGGGCCUGCCUGAGGACUACGACUCCCGGCGUGCCUCGCGGGUCAAAACAAAAAAAAGUCCCGGAACCGGAAGUGGCUUGCUGCUCCGGCGUCGGAACGUAUCGGGUAAUGGCCACGGGAACAGACCAGGUGGUGGGACUCGUUCUCGUCGCUGUUAGCCUGAUCAUCUUCACCUACUACACCGUCUGGGUGAUCAUCUUGCCAUUCAUUGACAGCCAACAUGUCAUCCACAAGUAUUUCCUGCCCCGAGCCUAUGCUGUCGCCAUCCCGUUGGCCGUGGGCCUCCUACUGCUCCUCUUUGUAGGAGUGUUCAUCACCUUCGUGAUGGUGAAGAACAAGAAGGUGGCCAAGAAGGCUCAGUGAAGUCCCGGCAGGGGAUGAAGCUGUCAGUCCCUUUUCUGCUUCCCACCAGGACAGGGACCAAGGGUGGGAGUCAGUAGGACUGGUCCAGGUACUAAGGCCCCUCAAGCCUGGCUGCCCUGCAGUCAUGCCCAUGGGAUGGAGCUGUUCAGGACUCACCCCUGACCGACCAGAGCCCCUGCUCCUCCCCUGUUCACCCUUCCAGAAGCCAGGAGGGAGGAGUACCUGGAAGUCUCCUUCUCACCUACUUCUGCCCCAGGACCUGAAAGAUGCUGAUCCUUUCCACCUCACCUUCAUACCCCCUGUUACAUUUUCUUCCGGGUUAUACCCUUUUGCUGCAGUUUCCCUCCUGUCACAUGCUGAUGUUGGACUUAACGGGCUCUGAGGGAGCACGCGAUCUUUCCCCACCAUGUCCUGCUUCUCUACAGAGGCAGCUUUCUCAAGUCUGACACAGCCCCAGGCCCUACAAGGACUUCUGGACCUGGAAAGCCUAGGGGAAGUGCUGACAGACCCUGGGAUCAUUGCCAGGGAUCAGGGCACAUUAGGGUGGCCACACUGGACCCCCAGACUGAGCACUCUUCAUGGAGGUCCAGCCCCCCGGCCCCAGUGCUGGCCUAUGCGGGAGAGUUUAACAAUAAACAUUGAUCAUGUG